UUGUUGAAGUUGAAAAAAUGUAAAUCUACAGUCCUCGCUUUAAAUCUACUUUAUAAUUGGGCUUUAAAAGACAACUCCACCCCCAACAAAUGGCGUUUGGCUCUUGGGAAGAGGGUUAAUUUAAAACCUUGUUGCUAACUUCACCUGCUCCAUACCAGGUGAUUUAAUUUACCCCAAUCGACCAAUUUUUAUUCAUUGUUGUCUGAGGCGUUAUCAUUUUCUUUACUUUUGUUUUUCUUCAUAAUCUAACGAUCAGGUUGCUGCACCAUGUCCCAUGAUCCAGAGAAGGAUGAAGAAGAUGGAGACAGACUGUUUGUCUCGUCUCGCGUUCCUGAUUUCUCUGAUCUGCGGGAAGCCCUUUUCCCUACUUGCCUAGAAGAAGAGACCAAAAGUGGGAUUGAACUAGCAUCCACCCAAUUUUCUGAUGUGGGCCUAAGGAAAGCGAAAAUGCCUACAACAGAAACACCAGGGGGCGCAAAAGAGACUUGGGGUACGGACUGUCCCUCGGGUCAUCCCGAAGCAAGGGAGCCAUCGGUGGGGAUUAAAACGACAGAAGGGGAGCGCGAGCAAGAGAAGCCUUCCAGGCCUAAUUUUGAGAACAGUCCUUUGUCAACUCACUCAGAGCCUGGCACCAGUCGAUCUCUCUCUGGCGAUAUCACGUGUUGCAUUCAGGUACCAGAGACCACCAUCCUGUACUUCUUGCAAGAAACUGCUAAAUUACUGCCACAGAAAGAUAUGGAAACCCUGUGCUCACCAGCAGAGGAUUGUGUGCAAGGCAUGGUUGCACAUGCUUUCCAAAGUGUGAAGCAACGUAAAAGUGACAUAAAGUUGGAUGAAUGGCAGACGCAGUAUGUACCUGCUACCUGUGGGACUAAUGCACAGUUUUGUUAUUCCGGAUCCUUUAAUUUUAAUUUCAUACCAGCAUUUCAUGGAUGUAGCUCAAUGGAUACUCUUAAUCUUAUCACUAUGCAGUGUAAAAAUUUGUCUGGUUCCGAAAGCUUGCAUAUUAAGGACUACUCUGUCAGCCACAGUGAAGCAGUAGUGGAAGGCAAACUCCCUAAGUCUGCUGAAGAGAUUGUGUGUGAAAACAGUUGCUGCAGUGAGAAGCCAAAUCCUGACAGUGGCAAAGUACAGCACUAUGAAAAUGUAAUUGACUCUAAUAUGAAUGAGAGAACUGAAGUGCCGGACUGUGACGGUCAUCCUUCUCAAGAACCUUUGGAGGAUCAGAAAGAAAGUGGAGUGAAUAUAUUUAAUGUAGUAGGCAGAGUGAGAACACCAAGGAAGCAGAGGAAACCAAUGAAAAGUGCAGAGAAAUGGGACCCUACAUUCAGAGGUGCAACUUUAAAGUUCCAGAUGAAGCAUCGUGAAGGAGGCACCCUUGUUAUAACGUCACAGUACAGAUGGGUUUGGUUUCGAUAUCGGAACAGACUUGGCCAUUGCUACAGCUCGCAUCAGCCAAAGACUGUCGAGCUUCACUUUUACCCAGAAUCCCUCUCAGAAAGCAGCAAACGAGAUCUGAGUGCAGAAUUUUGGAAAAGGCUGAAGAGGCAAAACCACUUGCCACCAGUCGACCCUGGUGGAUCGAGCAGCUCUGAAGAGGACCUUGGCUCUCCUUGCCUCAUACGUGAGUGA